CAAGUGGAGAAAAAAAAAAUUUCUCUCUCUUUUUUUUUUUUUUUUUUUUGGGGGGCAGGGAUUUGGUUCUGACAAAGAAGCAUAUAUUUAGCUAGCAAUCUCCAAAGCCUAAAAAAGAGAUGUAUAGAAAGAGAGAGAGAUUAUUAGAUUUAGCUCCGAUGAUAGACAGAUAGAUUGACUGACAUGUGCUGAUCAGAUGUACGUACCCACCCCCCAACCGCAUCUUGGCCUGUUUCUGCAAACAGAAAAGGAGGGACUAGCUAACCACAUCAAAAAAUGGACCUACACUCUCCUCUGAUUCAUGUACUACCUAGAGUACCAGACGAGGAACACAGUUGAGUAGGCUGUUGCAGCAGUUUAGUGUCCGAACGACUAUGGCGACGUACUAUAAUCAUGGGAGCUCAGAAGUCCAAGCCUCUGACGGCGGGAUCCACACGCUUUAUCUCAUGAACCCCAACUACGUCACGCCUUUCUCUGAUGAAACCCUCCACCACCACCACCACCAAUCCCACCAAUUAGUCGGCAUCCCUCUUUCCGAAAACAACGCCGCCGCCACCGGAUCCAACAAUUCUGAUGACGACGAUCCCGCCGCCAGCUCAACCAUCCGUCCAUCGGCCCACCAAUUUCCCACCGCCUUCCAUGGCACUGCGGCUGCUUCUAGAGUUCCGUACAGCCUAUGCGGUGGUCCGAUGGUCGGAGACUCCAGCGGUGUCACAGCCAUCGAUGUCGCUGCAGCUUCGCAGAUGGCUUUUCGGAGACCGCCGGAGGUACCGGUUGUGACCGGACCUACACUGCAGGGUUUGUCUUUGAGCCUUUCUUCUCAACAAACGGUUUAUCCAUCGGAGCAUGAGGUUCCGGUGGCUGCUAUAUCGCGAGCCACCGGAUUGUUGACGGUGGGAAACUCUCAGUCUUCGUCGUCGGGUGGAUUUGGUGGAGGAGUGCAAAGUGUGCUUUUGGGGUCUAAGUAUUUGAAAGCUGUUCAGGAGAUUCUUGAUGAAGUUAUUAACGUUGGAAAAGAAAUUACAAAGCCCACUAACUCCUCCGAGAUCGGAACCAAACAGAAGAUGAAGAUGAAUAGGGAAUCCACGCCGGCAAACGGAGGCAGUUCUAGUGGCGGUGGCAGCGGCAGUGGUGCUGGCUCCAAGCAACCAGCUGAGCUUACCACUGCGCAAAGGCAAGAGCUUCAAAUGAAGAAAGCAAAGCUUGCUAGCAUGCUUGAUGAGGUGGAGCACAGAUACAGACAGUACCACCACCAAAUGCAAAUAAUUACUUCUUCGUUCGAGCAAGCAGCAGGUUUUGGUUCAUCAAAAUCAUACACUGCUUUGGCUUUACAGACAAUCUCCAAGCAAUUUCGAUGCCUUAAAGACGCCAUCUCUUCGCAAAUCAAAGCCACAGGGAAAAGCUUGGGAGAAGACGAUGAAGAAUGUUUAGGUGCAAAGAUUGAAGGAUCGAGAUUAAGGUAUGUAGACCAUCAGCUUCGUCAACAGCGAGCACUACAGCAGCUGGGAAUGGGAAUGAUCCAACAUAACAAUAAUAAUGCUUGGAGACCACAGAGAGGAUUGCCAGAACGGGCUGUUUCUGUUCUUCGUGCUUGGCUCUUUGAACACUUCCUCCACCCUUAUCCAAAGGAUUCCGAUAAAGUAUUGCUUGCAAAACAAACUGGGCUUACUCGAAGCCAGGUUUCAAACUGGUUCAUAAAUGCGCGAGUUCGGCUAUGGAAGCCAAUGGUGGAAGAGAUGUACUUGGAAGAAACUAAGGAACAAGAGCAAAAAGAUGACACCAAUCCUCAACAAGACAACAACAAAAACAAAGGCCUGCUGGCCGUUAACAAGAAAACAUCAAGUACUUCAUCGAACCUGCAGGAUCAUUCUACGGCUGGGGCGGCGGCUGAUCAAAUAUCAAUCGCUGGUUCAUUGUCAACAUCUCCAAUGGGAGUUAGUAAUAGUUCCCAGCUUCUUCAAUCCCCGUCAGGCUUAAACGUUGUUGGUUCAAAGAAACGAAGGAGUACUUCUGAAAUACUGCACAGUAAUAUUUCUCCAACACCGACCAAUAGUAGUAUUCUCUCAAUGGACAUGGAAUAUAGGAAAGUCAUGAACGAGACAAGUGAAAGGCAAAGGCAAACCAACAAGGAUAAUACUUAUAACUCGUUUAUAACUGUAGCUACAAGUGAAGCUAUUACUACUGGAUUUGGUGCAUAUCCAAAUAAUAUUGGUCAUGACUUAGGGAGGUUUCAAGCUUCUGUGGAUCAAUUCACGCCGAGGUUUCAUGGAAAUAAUAGUGGUAUUUCUCUCACACUUGGUCUUCCUCACAUUGACAAUAAUCUUUCUCUCUCCGGAACACAGAAAAGCUAUCUCUCAAAUUCCAACCAGAACAUUCCAUUGGGAAUUAGGAGGAUGGAGGAGAUUGGUACAAGAUCGGAAGCUGAUCAAUUCUUUGCGGUGAACCAACAACCGCAGUCCUCUCAAUAUUCCACUGCUGGUUUUGAGAACAUGGACAUGCAAAACAGAAAGAGGUUUGCCGCUCAAUUGCUUCCAGAUUUUGUGACAUGAAGAAAUUUGAAAAAAUCUAGCUGGCCUUUUUUGCCGAUCCAUUAAUCUCUCUUUCUUAUUGGUAAAAUUUCAAAACCUCAAAUGAGAUUUUUCAAAUUUAGAUAGGAUGAUCAUGUUCAACUUCACUUGAAUUAUGUUAUAUGUAUCUUAAUUAUAUGCUGGAUUUGUUUACUUGUAAAGGAUAAAAAAGAUGUAGUAUAUAUAUAUAUAGGAAAAAUACUUAGUUUAGGGGGUGAUUAUAAUAUAUUAGCUAGGUUUCGGGGAUUGUAUAUUUAUUAUUUUGUAAUGAUGUAUACCUUGAGAUAUAAGGGUAUAAUCAAAACAAUAUUUCAUCAAUAUGCAAAAUUAGUAUGUUGGGGUGUACUACAAACUAUUUCAUAUAUAUAUAUUGUCCAAAUAAUUUCUCUUC